UGAAUGUGAUUAGGUCGUAGAACAAAAGACUACUUCAUAACAUAUUGAGAAAUUUUUUGUAAAAAAGAUAUGUCAUAAAUGCAAUGGGAGAUUAUAAACUGGAGCUGUGAAACACUAAAACAUUAUUGAGAACCCAAGCACAAAGAGUAUUAAAAAAAUGUCUCUAUUUCAGUUGAAUUGAAUUUAUAAUCACAUCGACAUGCCUGACGUCAAUCCUUAUCUCGGUCGGAAGAAUAAAUUUUUACGUCUCAGCAGCAAUGAACAGAGCAAAUGCUCGCGAAGGCAAAGUCUAAAGGCUUCAAUACAAGUUAUUGUGAAGCCUGACCUCUAUGAGCAAUCACUGAUACGCAAACUGUCACCUGAGACAAAUACUGAUGUUGCAAAUUUCUAUGAAGAACCUAACCCUUGCGAAGAAAGGGCUGGAGCUCGUGAAAUUUUGCGGAGAAAUAGCGCAAUGACCGCAUCUUUAGGUCCAAAUCGAAGGAAAGAAUUCAGGAACAGAAACAUGAUUGAUUCGGAUAAAGUUCUUACGACUGAAAAUAACUUGUUGGCUGCCAACAGAAAACGUUAUAAGACCGUGGAUGGUAUUGAUUUUAAGUACUUGAGUCCGAUGCAACUAAAAUAUCAACCUUGUAAUGGUAACACCGAAGAAACGAACGAUACAGUUAUGACACAAAACCUGACCUGUCGUGAUGUUCCUCUUCCGCUACCUCCAACCACGUCAGGUGAAUCCUGUGAUCUAAAACGUGAACUUGUGGUUUAUCCUUAUAAAAGCGAGGCUAUUUUUAACGACAAGUAUGAAAUAAAAUCUGAAGAAUGCGUUAGAAACAAUUUUCCGUUACAUAGAAAGUCAGCCAAUAGACGCGCUAUUGCCUCAGCUGACAAGUCUUGUAUAAGACCCGUGUUGCCUUCGCGCUGUCGAAAUGCCACCUCGGCAAUUCAUGAAACAACACAAAAGCCACCCAGCAAUUUGCCGGCCAUAGUUUCGGACACAAUAAAAUGCAAUGGUUUACCAUACGAAAGUCCCCAUGCUAAUAAUGAACUAGCAGCUCGUGGGGAGACAAGGAGUGCAGCGAAGGAAGUUUCAGGAGUGACUGGGGAACCUUACGACGAUGAAGAGUAUGUUGAAGAUCUCGCGCAACUCGAUGUGCUACUGCACUACGUUAACAAUUUGUCGGCAUCUCUUGAGUUUUUGGAUUGGGAGAAAAAUAAAAGAAUCUCCACGGACUUGGUUCCUACACUAUUGGGCAUUUACGACGCCCUCUACGCCAAGUUCACCGACAGUCCUGAGGAUCAAACUACGUCAACAGACACCAAGACCAACGGUCGAGAAACGUCCCAUGUUUUUCACGAGUCAGUGAACCAGUCGUGCGAAGUCGAUCUCACCGCCUCAGACGGAACUGAGAAACACUCUGAGCAGAUUUCGGGUGAUAUUGGUAAUAGAGAAAUUUUUAAAUCAUCUAGUCAUGCAGACAAUAAAAUAGAACCAUCAUGCGCACAUUUAAAAAAGCCAAACGAGUGUUGGGAGUUGGGCGAUAAGAGCACUUGUGAGCCACGUGGGGAGCCUGAUAAUUCUUUAAUGGGUUCUGCCGCAUCUGAGUGCUACUCUGCCGACCGUUGCGAGAUCGAUGCCUCUCCUUGUUUAGGGUGUCGCACGCGACCGUCGGCAGCCGUUGCAAUUAUCAGCGAGCCUCAGGAUUCCUUCCCCGAGGGGAUGUUGCCGUCUCAUCGUCGUUUAUCGGUGCCUCGCCAAAUGUCUCAUCCAAAUGUCUCACACAUUCCGCCGCGUUCGCCCAUCUACCCUCGACGAUUGUCUCCUUCCACCACCGGUGAUGUGGCUGUUGUAAACCCAACCUCUGGCUCCUCACUUUCGUUUAGCUCCAAAAUUAAUUCAAGUGAUAACAAAACUGCUUGCAUAGUCAGACCUCUAAGUGCAGUAUCGAGCUCUUCCUCAUCGUCUUCCAACUCGUUGCGACGAGGGCACGCGGGCAUCAACACGUCGUACCUCGCCUCGGUAGAGAGCCUCGUUGAGGCAGAGGAAGAGACCGAGGCGUCACCGGCCUCAGGCAGACGUCGGGAGAAGAGCCUCAAAGUGAGGCGUGACUUUAGAAGUCAGCUCAGCAGACCAGGUUCUUGUGACAGCGGAGUGGCUCAGUGUCACGCUUUGCCGGCGCUGUCCUCCCCCUCAUCAUCCUCCUCUGCUCCACCCUCUGGCAGCCAUCAUUACCCUCAUCAUCUACUCCAACGGCAUCACCUCCAUCACCCAGCCUACGAUGAAGGAAGGCCGCUAUCACACAUGGACCUGCUUGUCAUGGAGGUGCUCGAUACCGAAGCUUCUUACGUGCACGGUCUCAUGGAGGUCAUUCAGGGUUACCUGGAGCCAUGGCUACGAAGCGAAGACAGAGGCGUCUCUCCCUUGCAAGCCACGGAACUUUUCUCUAACCUCACCGAGAUAUACGAUUUCAACAGAUUACUUCUACGAGAGCUUGAGUCAUGUGGUGUUGACCCUGUUCUACUGGCCCGUAUUUUCGUGAGAAAUAAUGCGGGUUUUUCUAUCUACACUCAGUACUGCACGCAUUACCCACGAACGGUCUCGCUGCUGACGGAACUUAUGAGCAACGAAGAAUCGGUUGCUUGCUUCAGACGACGCCAGCAGGCACUCGGACACACGUUGCCGCUCGGUUCAUAUCUAUUGAAGCCCGUACAACGAAUACUAAAGUAUCACCUCCUGCUUGAAAACAUCUUGAAGAACUUUGAUGGAGAGAAGAAUAGCGAUGGAUACAACGUCAUACUGAACGCUCGGAACGCAAUGACUGGAAUGGCUCACCAUAUCAACGACAUGAAACGCAAGCACGAGCAUUGCGUCAGAGUGCAAGAGAUCCAAAGUCUUCUCUAUGGUUGGAUGGGCGCUGACUUGACGACUUUCGGGGAACUCGCUGCUGAAGGAACUUUUAGGAUAGUGUCCGCCAAAGGAAUUCGACACGUCUUCCUCUUCUCUAAGAUGCUGCUCAUCUGCAAGAAGAAAAUUGAAAACAUCCUUGUGUACAAAGCUCAUAUCAUGUGCUCCAACUUGAUGUUGAUUGAGAGCAUCCCUAGGGAGCCGCUGUGCUUCCAGGUCAUUCCUUUCGACAACCCACGCCUGCAGUACACGUUGCAGGCUCGCAACCGAGAACACAAACACGAAUGGACGCAGCAGCUCAAGCGCCUCAUCCUAGAGAACUACAGUGCAGAGAUCCCGCCUCAUGCGCGCCAGCUCGUUAUGGAGCUGGGACGUGCCAAGCAAGAUGAAGUGUUACCGGCAUCUUCUAGUGGACGGCGUCAAGUGACGUCAGCAGGGCCAGAAUAUCUGCAGAAAAGAAAACGUCGCGGCCGCCGGGCGUCUGAGGUGCCGUCGACCCCCGCCACAGGCUCCUCGAGACUCAGGCUACGGCGGCUCAGUAAAGACUCCGCGGAGAGUGGACGCAGUCGGAGCGCUUCUCGUGGUCGUGACACUGAAGAAGAUGACGAUGGCCAGCGCUCUCUCGUGCCGAUCAUUGAUAGGCCUAAGCUGCGACUGAACAUGUGGCGACGACGGUCAGAACCGAACGUUCAGAAGAAUAAUCCCAGCCUCGAGACUCCGACCACUCCCUCGUCUGUUUACUCCACCGUACCUUCCACCCCUGAUACUCCUGCCACUGAAAGCGCCUCUGGGGCAGACUUUCCUGGAUGCAGUCAUGAGCCUCUGCCCUCUCCAGAGGUGAUGCUGGUAUCGUCCCUGCCCGCCUCCUGCUGUCCUACUCGCCUAUCUUUCACAGGCCGCUGCUCUGUUCUUCUCGAGCCCGAUGACUCGUCACAGCUAUCUCAGCCAAAACUCUAUGUGCAGAUGGAUAGUCUUUCCAUAUCGGAGUGUGAGCGUGACGACAACUCGAACGAUUCAAAACGUGCUGACGAAGAAGACGGCGAAUCUACUCAAGAAAAUCUCGAAGAGAUCGUUAGCCAGCUAUUGCAGCACAAUCUGCACCUACGGAAGCUGCUACUGAACAAACAUCGGCGGGGUUUGCAGUCAAGAAAGAGAAAUCGUGGUAUUGCUGCUGGACAUGUUUCAAAUACAGCAUCAGAGACAUCUGACACCGAAAACGAUGACGUAAUAAGUCAUGACAGCGGAUUACCAAUCACGAGCAUCAACAGCUUGAAUAGCAUCAAUCACGUCCCACCACCUCACGAAACUGCUAACGUUUGCAUGACUCAUGAAACUGGGGUGGAACCUAAUCUUAAUGUUGACGUGAGCGAAAAAUUGAGUGAAAAUAAUGUAGAAUAUUAUCUCGAUCGUCAUGGCAAGAACUGUCGCGACGAUGGCGAUUACAUGGCAAGGAAUCCCGACUCUGCACCUCGAGAGACUGGGUCUUCUAGCGAAUGUACUUCAGUCUACAGUAGCGCCGUUUCCAUCAGUCAAAAUAAUUGUCCCACUAAAUCCAAUUCUACGAAAACCGUGGAUAUCUGCACAAGAGGAUUGUCUGACUUUGGCGCUAGACGAGCGGCAGCUUUCAGAACAUCAAAUUCAAGCUUCGAUAAUUUGAGCAAUACUUGGAGUUCUGUGAGAGGGGCAACUCCUGAACGACGCUUCAUGGAUAACUCCUCCGUGGGUUCAAAUUGUAGCAUCAAGUGUACGGCUGGGGAAAGUGGCAUUGCUAGAAGCAGCGAGUUGAGAAGAUUAUCAGUUAGAAGAGUGCAGUCAUUCUCGUCGGAAACUAGCCUAGAUAAAAGAUAUUUGAGUUGUGAUGCCAGAGAUGUUGCAACAACUGCUGAGGAAGAUACUCAAGGCUCUCCAACAUCAGGAAGCAAAGAUCGCCGAAUCACGAUAGCAGUUUACGACAGCAGUGGCGACGUGAUCGGUGAUCAUCAAAGUGAUAAAUGUUCCGUGAGUACAAGUAGCACUUUACAACCCAGUUCUCCUAACGAAAGCACCGUUUGCGAAGAUACUUUUACGGACUGCUCUGAAAAUAUAUCACUUGGAGGGACUUUAGAUGUCCAUCCUGAACACAAAAUUUAUACCAGCGCAAUCCUUUCUCGAAGCAGUCUCAUGAAUAUGAUGAAUAAACUCAUCAACGCCAGAAAAUCGUUCACUCAGGACGAAGUUAGCUCAGUUGCUAGUGGCAGGGAAACUCCUUCAGAGAAGACGCCAGGAAAGAUGGUGUACACGAUGGCUCGUCAGUGCACCAAAACACUCAAGGAAAGAAUCAAACAAAUAAGAUCCGAAGAGGAGUGCAGUACGGUUACAAGCACUAGACCGUUAAUAUCAAGCCCUAUCUUGAAACCUACGUUCAGUGGUCCCGUAAAGAACGAUAGUUGUGACAAGAGCACGAGAGCACUUUUAGAAAUUAAUUCAAUGUCUCAAUAUAAGCAAGGCAGCUCAACGAUCGGUGAAAAAUUAGCUACGAUCAAUACAGUUAAUGUUAAAAAUGACCAAAAUAGUAUUGAAAGCAACAUAGAAACCGGAGUGGCAUCGUUAUUAUCUCCUGAUGAUGGAACUUCUACAUGCAAAAAUUCAUCACCUUCCGAUACGCUUAAUGGCUUGGAUGAGCUUAAUUUAGAUGACUCAUCCGGUUCAUUGGAAGAAUUCGACGGAGAGAAUUCUGGUGGGGAUAGUUAUUACGAGCGGUCUUUUGAAGUAAUCGAAGAUAUGCUUGAAAAUGACUUAUUCCGUGAUAGUGCCAUAUAUAGUGAUCCUGAAGAUCCUGACUCCAAAGUUAGCGUUUCAGAUUUAACAAAAAACUUCCCUCGUAGUAUCCUGAAUAGGGUAAGUAAGAGUCCGAGCGUUAGAAGCGAUCGAAGCAAUUCUAGUGGCUUGAACAGCCUCCCGAGAAGAUCUCCGAGUUUUAAAUCCACUGUCUCAAAAUCUGGACUCAACAAAGAUCUUGUAGACAAGGAGAGCAACCCUGAGGCAAAUGACGUGUGCCAAACAACCGUAGUUACUUCGGACGGAUUAUUGCAUAACGAAUGUGAUUCUAGUGAAAAAACGGCUGUGGGAUACGGAAAGUCCGAUGUCGCAGCUUCGUCGAAUGUAUGUACACCUGUCACGAUAUUACAAAAAUCUGCCGGAAAUUCGAGCGAUGCGAACUUCAAGUCUUCCGAUAAAGUCACCGUUUCUAAUUUUAUGGCUGAGUCUUUAUCAUCCGAAUUACACAAGGAAUCGAAGGAAAAUGAGAUUUUAUUAAAUCCAGGUUCAGUAACUUCGGAUAAGUGCAUCUCAAUUGGAUCUUCAACCUUGACGUCACAUUUUCACGAGGUUCUUGCAGUUAUUCCUUCAGGAUCGCGUGAUCGAGACAUAAAUGCUUGUAUUAAUUCAUCGUUUGUCCUCGACACUUCCAAGAGUGAAAUAACUGACGAAAAAGACGGCAAAGCAACAGUUUCUGUGACCGACGAAAGGACAACUCUAAGCUCCCCGAAAAUUCCUUGCGCUACAAAAAUUUCUCCGGUGCGCGCUGACAGUCCUCGUAAGAAGACACCUCCUCCUGUUCCCGCAAAGCCCGAAAAAGUUUGCUCAAAGGCAAGCAGGAAUUGUGGUUCAAAAAUUCUGACUCACCUUAAGAACCUUGAAGAAAGUUCCAAGUUCUCUAGGACGACUAAUAGCCCUGUUAUUGAGCUCGAUGGUAUUAAAUCCUUAGAAGAAAGACGGAAAGAAUUGAAAUCUAGCACAGAAGUUAAUUGGCACAGCAGAGAAACACAUUCCAAGAUAGUUAAUAUAAGAGAAAAUAAUGCCUCUUCGGAAAACGGAGAUGAAUCCUCAACGUCAAAUACCAUUGUGAAUCGAGAAUCUUUGGAAAGUAGCACAGAAAAGCAUAAAGUGCCUUCAUCACCUCUGAUGUCCGUCCGCUCUUUCGUAAGUCGAAAUGUCGCCAACGUGACUACUUCUAUUCGAUCGUCUCGUGCUACUAGUCGCCACACAACCAUCCUUAGUUCAGCAGUUGAAAAUAAUAAGUUGCCUCCAGUGAACAAUCCUAUCAAGACUUCUGUGGAGGGCGCCGAAGACGAGGGUCACUCGUGUGAAAAAUUAGACAAGGGCAUUAUCCACACUCGCUCUCCCGUCCAGAGUAUCAGCAUCACCAGACGGAAGUCCAUAAGAAAUAUUGGUAACUAUAUCAUCAAAUUUAAUACUCGAUCUAGUUCCGUGCCGCCCAAACUACACGAACGUUCAGAAAAUCGUCAGUCAUCUUUACCGGCGAAAUCAUUGAUCGGGAGCAACAGUGAUAGUGGAGCCGACACUUCCUCUGCUGAUGAGGCACGCAACGAUGUUCAACAAAAGAUCUCAUCCUCGACAUCAUUCCCUGAGAAUAUCGUUUCAUCUGUGGAACUAGGAUCCUUGCCAUGCGAGCCUUCACGUAAAUCUUCGGGUAGCGUUGGCCCUCUGUCGUUGCCGUCUUCGAACACUGAUAGCGAUGACAGCAGCAGCAGCAGGACUGCAGGAGUAGUUAUUCAAAAACGCAGGCCCAAAGGAUGGGUUCGACACGUGGUAGGCAAGCUUCAACAGUCCGAAAAUGCCUCUAAGCCUAAUGCGCCUGUGACUGAAGUGGAGGUCGGUUAAAAAUAUUUAAGUUGCUGUUAAUGUGGCUUUAUAACCGUACUGUAUUUCAAGUAUUCUUGUUUCUUGUGUUCAUAUUCAAAUAUCUUUGGGCAUUUUCUGUAGUUUCGUUGGAGAAAAUUUUUACCCUGACAUUUGACCGUUGCUCAUUAGAACUGUCAAAAUAACUACGUAGGCACCUAACGUCGAAGAAUUCAAGUUUUGAUCACGAAUAGAAGCUCGCUUUGUAUUGCAUUAUCAAAGGAUGCGUUUGCUUCAAUUUAUAUUUUGCAUGGAAAUCUAUACUUCGGCAUACGAUCUGCCAAGGGAACUUGAUCUCACUAUUUCGCGCUAAAUCAUGUCUAUAAUUGUUGAUCUUAUUCGUCUGCUAGUCUAGCACGUCAUUGUUCGAAAUGAAUAUUUACACUAGCAAUAAUAAAAUAAUUCAUUAUUGAUUUGCUUACGCGUACGUGAUGACCCAAGUAUUUUUUUUGCUAAUGAAAGUUAUCUAUACACAAUAACUAUAGCAUCAAGUAUCGGGAAAGAAUUUUUUUGCAAUUAAGGCUAUUUACAUUGUGCUCUGAAAUCCCUGAUAUGACAAGCACAAUCACUGCCAUUUAUUUUAAUGCAGUCAUCAUGUGUUACGGUUUACAACAAAGCUAGAUCAAUUGCAAUACGAGUUAGUAUCCCGAAGCGCGCGAGAAAUUGUGCUCGCUCUGCUUCUUUUGUGAAGCGGAGCGAAGAAAGUCUUCAAUCAUAUCGGUCAUAUAGUAUAUCGUUAUUAAACGUCAUAAUUGAGAUAUUGAUAUGAGUGGGGAAAAGAAUGAAAACGUUUCGAAAGAACAUUCAUUUCGUGUAUCGAUAAAUUAUUAUUCCAUGUUUUGUUGUUAGUCACUAAAGUUUAAUAAUAAAUAUAAGCAAAUCUAAA